AUGCGCGCAGGCGAGGACUACAGCGAGCUGGCCGACCUGGGCGGCGGUCCCUACGGCGGCCGCUACGCCGGCGGCGGCGGCGGCGGCGGUGGCUGGGGACGGACGCCGGGACGGGGCGGCCGCACGGCGCCCGUCGCCGCCGAGGCCGAGGACGUGUUGGGACCGAACGGCAGUCCCAGAGGCUACAGCCGCGGCCGUUCCGGCCUCUAUUACUCGCCACCCGGCACCUCCUACACCAUCGUCGAGAGGCCGUCAUCCGUUAUGCACCACCACUCGCCUCGGGAGUACCAGGCCCACUACAACUCCCUCACCAGCCCCAGAGGUACCUACUUAGGUUCGAACCCGAACUUCUCGUCGAGUCGCACCCCGUCCGCCACGAACAAUAAGAAGCGCCCCAUCUCCCCCGAACAAGUGUUGCGGCUGUUCGGCACGGGCGGUGGCGGAACGGGCGCCGGAUCGACUGUGGGCGGCGGUGUCAAGACGGGCGGUGGCAAUCCGGAACGGCCUCGGCGCUCGCCCGCCAGCAGUCCACCCUCGACGACGCACCAGGUCAACUAUCGGGCGGUGCCCACCUACGCGACUCCCAACAUCCACGAGCUGGCCACGCGGACGGUUACGAUGGUCAGGGAGCCGCAGGACGGGACGCACGGAUUUGGGAUUUGUGUCAAGGGCGGGAAGGAAGCUGGAGUAGGAGUGUACAUAUCUCGAGUGGAGGAAGGAAGUGUGGCUGAAAGGGCCGGCCUGAGACCUGGAGAUUCAAUACUCGAAGUUAAUGGUACUCCAUUUACGGGGAUUUCACAUGAAGAAGCGCUCAAAAUGUUAAAGUCUUGUAGAAAGCUAAGUAUGACUGUUCGAUCACCAACGUUGCCUUCCGGUGGAGUGAUGAGUGGAGGAGCACCGUGGCAUUUGCGCCAGACGUGCUCAUGGAUGGACCGGCACGGUAGACCAGUGUCACCACCACUAGAAUAUACCCGGACUGGCCAAGUACCACCCCAGAGGUACGGCUAUGGAAGGGCAUCCAGCAAAGACAGGAGUAUACGAAGAGUUGAUCUUUGCAUAGAGCCCGGUCAAAGUUUGGGGCUGAUGAUCCGGGGCGGUGUGGAGUACAACCUUGGCAUCUUCAUCACCGGGGUGGACAAGGACUCCGUGGCGGACAGAGCGGGUCUCAUGGUUGGAGACCAAAUUCUAGAAGUGAACGGACAAUCGUUCAUGGAUGUAACACACGACGAAGCCGUUGCUCAAUUGAAGUAUCACAAGAGGAUGACACUGCUCGUACGAGAUGUCGGUAAAGUACCCCAUUCUUGCACUGCCUAUGAUAGAGACUGGGACCUUUGCAGUCCGGGGAGUAGGGCGGCACAAACGACGCGAAAGUGGGCGGCCGCCCUCCAAAUGGUGGAAGAAAAGGCGAGGUGUCUGCUCUCGCGGCCCGAAUUCACCACCCUGUGUUACUACACCGAUGAGUACGCAGCCAGACAUAUGACCAUAGAUGCCUUCGUACAAGUCAUGACUGAACUACUAAACACUCCAGAUAAGUAUACUCUUAUGACCGAAUUAAGGGAAAUAGUAGCUGUUGAUGAUCGCGUUAAAUUCGAUGAAUUAGUUUAUAGAAGAGACGCAGACAGAAUACGAGAUCCUAGGGAACACGAUUACCGACACUCUAGGAGAAAAGGUGGUGUUCAAGUACCGGACGCAAAUCAUUCAAUUUACUCGGGCUACCACGAGGACUUCGGUCCGGGUGAACAGCCUCCCGGUAUUAGCGUUUAUAACGAGGAUGAUUACCGUUCUCCCAGCGAAGAUUCUGGUUUGGGAAUGGGUAUAUCAGAAAAGAACCAGAGAACUAGACCACCAAGUGCCACAGAAAAGAUCGGUGUAAACGAUGAAGAUCACCAGAAUCAGGAAUAUGUGAGUGGAGACGAGGACAAUCCACCCGGAACAAGAAGUCGUAGACAUUCAAGUCCCGGCGAAUCCAGAUCUGGAAGCACCACGGCCUUACACCAGCCCGACUAUCCGGACUCGGAGCUGGCCCAGAAGUUGUCGCGCAGUUUCGACAUGAAGGACGAACAGACACUGGGCGAAGGGGAUUCGAUGCGAAGACACCAAUCGAUGAGUCGGAUCGGAAGGGAUGGCAUUCCUGAGACGCCGGAGAGUCCGAGGGUGGUUCAGGACGAGGAAGGGAACCUGCGAGUGACCGUGAAGAAGACCAAACCCAUUCUGGGAAUCGCCAUCGAAGGCGGUGCGAACACCAAACACCCGUUGCCUAGGAUCAUCAACAUUAACGAGAACGGUGCUGCGUACAGCGCGGGCGGCCUGGAAGUGGGCCAGCUGAUCCUGCAGGUGGACGGCACCCGCGUCGAGGGUCUCCAACACCAAGACGUCGCGCGUCUCAUCGCCGAGUCGUUCGCGAGACGUGACCGUGAAGACAUAGAGUUCCUGGUGGUCGAGGCGAAGAAAUCCAACAUGGAGCCAAAGCCGACGGCCCUCAUCUUCCUGGAAGCUUAACAUUUGCUGAGCCUCCCCCCUAGCGACCCCCCGGGGCCUGGACAAGUCGCCGACUGAACUCUACAACUGCUACAUAUCAUGUAUCAUAAUGUCGCCGAAGGACGAUCUGGGGCGCCCAAGUCUGGACGGCUUGGAGGCCAAAUCGUCCUUUUGUGACUGUAGCUGUAGAAGGAAGGGAAAUUGUUUCCGGAUUUCGACUCCUUAGGUUUAUCUUUGCUAUUUUUUAAUAAUGUUUAUUUAGUUUUUUAAAUAUUUUAUGAUCAUAUGUUACUUUUUUUGAAAAUUAUUAUUUAUA